AUGGAAGAGGAGGAGAGUAACGCAACUGUACCACCAUUAGAAGAUGAAGAUGACGAAGAAGAAGAAGAAGUAAACACAGAACGUAGAACGGACGAAGUGACAACGACAACAGCAGAAGGUGCUGAACAAAAUAUAGCUGCUUUCAAUAACGUGUCAGGAGGACCAACCGAACCACAAGAAACCACAGAGGAACCUGAAGGUGAAACCACUGGCAAUAUUAAAACUGCUAACGAUACAGAAGAACCGGAAGCAACCACUGCGGCAGAAACAACAGCCGUUACAGAAGUGCCGCAGCCAACAGGUGGAGACAUUUCAACUACGCCAGCAGUCUCACUUCAGCUUAAUAACACUACUACAGACGAUGACGACCCAUAUCCAUUUCGAGAUUUCAUGUUUGUACAUGUUGGAAAAGCAGGUGGCUCUUCACUCAUGUUCAUGUUCCGGGAAGCCACCAAAGCAUGUCAAGGCAUACUCAAGGCUUCCAGGUUUCGCACAAAGGCACAAAUGAUUCGGAACCACACUCUCAGCAUGAUGCCAAUCAAUAAACAAUUGGAGGACAUGACCGCAGCGGAACGAAAAAUUGUACUCCAAGAUCAAAUGUGCCGGAUCGCCUUUCCACCCAAAACGCGUACGCACAUUCACUUUCGAAAUAUUUUUACGACUGUGAAUAGCUACUCCAACUUUAUUAUAAAUGUCCGCAACCCUGUGGAUCGAAUGGUCAGCUGGUAUUACUAUGAACGAUACCGCGUCAAGGCAGUGGGAUUCUUCAAACACAGCAUACCUGGACAGCUGUAUGCUAUUCCAUUCCAUUACAAAUGCUACAGUGGUGAUAUUGGUCCAAUGAUUCAAGAGGUUCUGAUUGCCGACCCGCCCAUGAAUGGUACGGAUCCCAAAAAGGAGGAAUGCAUUCAGCUCGCCAAAAAGUGUCUCCGCGGAGACGUACCAUGCUAUGCACACAACUUUUUCAACUAUGAGACCUACUUGGAAGAACUCUUGCUCUGGAAAGGACUCGCCGAUGCUGUGAACGUGACAAAUGCCACCCAUUUCAGCGAUCCAACACCACGCGACGUUUCAAUCAAUUUGAUUCGUACCAGAGAUGUCUUGGGGGAUCUGAACUCGACGAUCAAGUUAUGGAGUGGUCACCCUAUGAUGAAUGAGACGGCUGGGCUAUACACAGUCAUGAAUACCAUCCAAGGACAAACUGGGAAACAGACCAACAAGACUUUAUCAACAGAGGAACGCGGUACUCUCUGUAGAUUCAUUUGUGUCGAGCUAGUGGUAUAUAAGAAGAUUCUCGGAGUGGCUGACAACUUGAAGACAGAGGAUGUUCAGGAAGAAUACGACGACCUUGAUAAAUCCUGUGGUUUCAACGUGGACGAAGUGUUCUUCAAGGCUCGCAAGCCCUUUGAUUACAUUCAAGUGGACGACUUCAACGAACUUGGUCUUGACAGAGUGUACUACCUUCACGAGGAUCUUUGCGGCGAAAGUGCUCGUUAUUUGGUUGAAUUUGGCACAACUGAGCAAGCUGCCGAAGCUGCUCAUGGUUUGAAGGACGAGUUGGAUCAUCAGACAAUCGUUUCUGCAGCUGUUUUGCGGACCUUUGGCAAGUCACAACUCAUAUCAUUGGUAUCAGCCAAAUCCCCUGUCGAUGUUGCGAUUUAG